GCUGGCUGGCCGGCUGGCUAAUCCAGAAGUACUAUAUCAUCUGUGCAGCAAUGAAGCAAUACCUAUACUGAAGCCACAAUGAAGCACCUCCAUCAUGUCGGCCUCUUCCUUUUCUCUUGCUCUUGUCUCCUGCUAUGUGAUGCCGUGCCUGUGAGAGGCAACAUCCAACGUGAAGCUGAAGCACUUGUGAAUUGGAAGGCUAGCUUGGCUGGUGCCAACAAGUCCCUUAGAUCAUGGUCACUGGCCAACUCCACCAGCCUUUGCAGGUGGAGGUACAUCAGCUGCAACUCAGCCGGGCACAUCAAAGAGCUUAACCUUGAUGGCGCAAGUCUGAAUGGAACACUUGAUAAGUUUGACUUCUCGGCCUUUCCCCACCUGAAGAAACUCAUACUGUUUGAGAAUGGUCUACACGGUACCAUUCCAGCAGGUAUUGGCAACCUGACAAGAUUGGUCCAGUUAGACAUCGGCGUCAACCCAUAUUUGAGGGGCAUCAUUCCACGCAGCAUUUUCCAGCUGAAGCAUCUUGUUGUACUGCGACUACUAGAUUUGGGUCUUGAUGGCACGCUACCUGAAGCGAUUGGUAACUUGACGACCUUGGAGGAGCUACGUCUCAGUUUUGUUAAUUUGACUGGAUCAAUCCCACAAACAAUUGGGAUGCUCGUGAAGCUCCAAGUGCUGAGCCUUAUAGGCAACAAUUUGACAGGGAGCAUCCCAAUGGAGAUCGGAAACAUGACAGAACUUCAAACCAUAUACCUUCGACAUAACAAUUUGGAAGGGCAGCUACCAGGUACCAUCUCUCAUCUGGUAAAACUCCAGGAUAUUAUUCUUUCAGAAAAUCAGCUCGUAGGUCACAUCUUCCCUGGGAUUUGGAAUAGCAGCCUCCUUCAAACAGUCAACAUUGCAAACAACAACUUCUCUGGGAUGUUCCCACCAUCCAUUUGCGUAGGAGGAGCGCUGACUUGGAUCAUUGCUGGAUACAAUGGAUUUACUGGCCUUCACCAUCAGACAUUUCAAAACUGCACAACCCUCCAGAUUGUUGACUUCACAGAAAACAAUAUUGUUGCAGAGCUGAGGGACUGUUUGAGCGAGCAUCCAGGAGAGCUUACCACCAUGGCUUUCAGUCAAAACCAGCUGCACGGCACGCUUCUGACAGAUCAGGGUGAGGAUUUUUUUCGUAACCGUACUUACUUAAGGCUCAUAGACCUAUCAAACAAUGCCUUACACGGAGGUCUCUCGAAUUGUUUCUGGAACUUGCCAGAUUUAGAGUUCAUGGAUCUGUCUAGUAACUCAUUUAGCAGUGUAGUUCCAUUUUCGAGGACAUGUCAAGAUAAUCUCAAAUAUAUAAUCCUAGCCAAUAACCAUUUCAGAGGAACCUUUCCUCUGGGUCUUAAGAAAUGCAAAAACCUUACUGCUCUAGACCUUGGAGGCAAUAAUUUCUGUGGCGCAAUACCUUCUUGGUUAAGCAUGAGUUUGCCUAAACUCAACUUUCUUCGAUUGUCAUCGAACAUCUUUGAUGGUAUCAUACCCCACCAGAUAUUACAAUUUCGCCAACUCCAGGUAUUGGACUUGUCAAAAAACAAGCUCACCGGACCGGUGCCAGAUGAUUUUACAAAUUUCACCGGCAUGGCACAAGAACAAAGAAACAUUGAAUCCAUAUACCCUGACCAAAAUGAUUAUCGAGUGCAGAUUCAUAUAGUUUGGAAGAAUGUGGAUUAUGUUUACCAUCUGAUGAUAGCAGCCAUGGCAGGUAUUGAUUUAUCUGGCAACUCUCUUUCGCAAGAGAUCCCAGAUGGUCUCACAACCCUGCUUGGUCUCAGGUACCUGAACUUAUCAGGAAAUUAUCUGUCAGGUCGUAUUCCCAAAGGUAUUGGCAAUCUGGUACUGCUGGAAUCACUGGAUCUUUCUCGGAACCAACUCUCGGGUGAAAUUCCUCCAAGCUUUGUAAGUUUGAAGAGCAUGAGCACUCUGAACCUCUCAACUAAUGAGUUAUCAGGGAGGAUACCUAUGGGCAAUCAGCUGCAGACCCUCGUAGAUCCAUCGAUAUACAGCAAUAAUCCAGGGCUAUGUGGUUUCCCGUUGAACGACUGCAUGAACUCGUCGACACCGGAUCAAAAUGAAACGGGUCACGCCGAAGAUAGGGAAGCACUGUGGCUGUAUUGCUUUGUGGCUGCUGGGUUCAUCUUUGGGUUCUGGCUGUACUGGGGCAUGAUCUUGUUUCGCAGUGAGGUAACCAAGAAGAUUUAUAGCUGCAUGCUGUUCUUCCAGGCCAAGAGCAAUGUGUGAGCUGAGUGCAUUGUGUGGUGCUGUGAAGUGAAGGUGCGGGCACGUAUACACACCCAAUAUCGAGCAUGCCUGUAAUAUAGUUUUGCCGUGGUUGUAAA